CAGUCGAACGUGGUUACUUCAUUCGACGGACAUCAUGCCUGCUGACGUUGCCAAACCCGCUCCCAAGAAGGGCUCCAAGAAAGCCGUUUCUAAGACCGCAGUCAAGGGCGGCAAGAAGCGCCGUAAGACCAGGAAGGAGAGCUAUGCCAUCUACGUGUACAAGGUGCUGAAGCAGGUACACCCCGACACUGGUAUCUCCUCCAAGGCGAUGGGAAUCAUGAACUCCUUCGUCAACGACAUCUUUGAGCGCAUCGCCGGUGAGGCCUCUCGUCUGGCUCACUACAACAAGCGCUCCACCAUCACCUCCAGGGAGAUCCAGACCGCCGUCCGCCUGCUGCUCCCCGGUGAGCUGGCGAAGCACGCCGUGUCUGAGGGCACCAAGGCUGUGACCAAGUACACCAGCUCCAAGUAGACUACCACUUGAUCUCAAACAAACGGUCCUUUUAAGGGCCACCCAACUGCACUAC